AUGUCUAGGAAGAAACAAGAACUCCGUUUCCUCUUCAUUCUCGGUACCAAGUCUCUACAAGAUGGCAGGAAUAUGACUAUCCUAGUGAUAUUCUACGCUCUGUUCCUGUCUAUAGUUUGUAGCUCAACGGAUUCUCGAGAUGGUGGAAGUAAUGGAUAUACUGAACCUUUAGUAUCCAAAAUUGAUGGUUCAAAAUACAAUGUAUCGGUAUCCAAGAGUAAUGGUGUUCCAAUCCUUAAACUAGAGGCAAAGGAAGGUAUGGUAGUUACUGAACUCAAGUAUGGAGGCGAGACUAUAUGGGAUGGAGAUGGAGAAGUAGAGAUUUUAUCAACUUUGAUCUACUUUAGUGAUGAUAGACCAGAAGUAGUGACACUAAAGUGUAGGGAAAAUGGCAGGGAUCGCACCCUAAUCCUCCAUAAGGAUGGAAAGAAGUGGAAAGAGAGUAAGGAGGAACAUGAAAGAAAGCUCAAGGAACUACAGGUUACUAAAAAACAUGUAGAGGUUAAAGCUCAAGAAGCCAAGACAGCUGCUAAAGAAAUUACUGUGGUUGCUACGACAGAGGCUGUUUUCACUUCCACAAAUAGUGCUGGUAACGCUUUCAGAAAGAAAACCGUUUCAGGGGAUAUACAAGUUGGAAAUGAUUUAGUAGGAGAUACUUCAAGAGGUGCCAGGGUUGAAGAUGAAGAGUCUACUGAACAUUCACCUUCGCUAGGAGAUAAUGAUGAUAGCGGAACAGAAGAACCAGAGACUACCGAAGAGAAUGAGGUAAAGGAUAAUGAACCAGAAGAACCUAAAGAGGAAGCCUCUAUAGAAGCUCUUCUGGACCUGCCAGAGCAUAUUCCAGAACAUCCUCAAGAGUUUGAAGAUGAGGAUGAGGACCCAGAACCUAAUGACGAUGGUUUCUGGGAUACUCCUGACGACUACUCUGAAAGGCAAGAUGAUACCCAAGACGAACCAGAUGGACUUGUAAUUGAUGAUGAGGAUCCAUCUGAAGACCAUGAAGAUGAAGCGGAGGAAGCUUAUGAGGAUGAUAGUCUUAAAAGUGCUCCUGAGACUUCUACUAAAUCACGAACACGUUCUGAAGAAGGUACUAUUGGAGGACUAGAACGAGGACAUCCUAAAGAACCUGAAGACAACGAUCUAGGGGAGGAAGAUGAAGAUGAAGCAGAGGAAUCAGAAAACUCUUCUAGUAGUCCAGUUAGCAUGGAUAUUGCCGACUUAGACUCUCAAAACUACAAGCAUGUUGACUAUAUCUACGAUGAUAACCACAUUAGACUGUUCCUACCAAAUGAGGGUAUGAUCAUUGCCAAACUAAUCGAUGGAGAGAAUUCUAUAUGGGAGGCAAAAUCCGAUGAAAAGUUUGAGUUUGCCAAGGUAUACCUAAAUAAGGACGGUAAAGCAGAAGUCAUGCUCGUUACAAAGAAUACUCCAUCUGGUGUGGAGCGUAAAUAUUACACAAAAACUUGGACUGGAUGGAGGGAAUCUAAAGACAUUGGUGACAGGGUACCCAAGUUGAAAGUAUCUGCUCAACAGAAAUCUGACUUUAACAUUGACCUUUCAUUAGAAACUAGUACUAAAGAAUGUACCAUUUUUGAAGCGGAGUUACUGGGAGUUACCACUAAACACAUUUUUCCUAAACCUGGAUAUAUCGCAAAGGAAGUAAUGUCCAAUGGUGUUACGGUAUGGAAUAGUGCAAAUGGCAACGAAAGGUGCAUUGGAUGCGAGUUGUAUCUUAGGGGACGUGGACAUUUACUCCUUGCAGUUGCCAUUAAGGGAAGAACGAAGGAGUACAAGUUUUUUGAAAAGGAAGGAUCUAGGUGGGUUCCAGUUAAGAAUGAAGAGUUUUCUGAAAAGUUUGAACGUGAAGAUAAUGCAAGAAUCUUAUUCAUGGAUUUUUAUGAGACCAAUGAACCGGAAGGGCAGGAUAUGAAUGUCCCAGAGCCACAGGGAGGAGAAGCUGAGGAAGAGGAAGAUGAACCUCCAUCUCAAGAAGUCAAUAUGACUAGGAAUAUUUCAACAUCAACUGGAAGUUCUUCUGACCGUGUUGAUGCCUCCCCUUCUGAAGUGGAUAGACUUCCGAAUUCAUCAAGAGAAGUAAAACGCAAAAUUACAAAGGAUAGGGAAGUCAAGGAUAUACCUGUUGAAGUAGAAAACUAUACAAUCAGGAGGAAAACUAGCACUCCCACCAUUCACAAGGAAACAGAAGAGACUAUUAGAGCUCAGAGAGUUCCUGCCAAUCAUGUAAACAAUAAUGCACAAAUGCAGAAGAAUAUAAAUUGUAGAGAAACUUCCAAUUAUAAUGAAGAUAAAAAUAUUCAGCAUAAACAAGCUAUAGUCAGUAACUCCCAAAAUUUUGAUGUUAACAGAAUCAAUUGUAUUGGUAGUUGUGAACAGUGGUUACAAGAAUCUCUAGAAGGUUAUGAAGGUGAAACUGAGGGUGAAAUGAAGAUUAAAACAUCGAGGGGAACUCCUCUUCCAGCUCCUAGAUUAGCUGGACAAGUUGAUAGUACUCUUAAUCUUGCCAGUCCAGAUAAUUCCAAGUUAGAGCUUGUGGAAAGUUCAGCUUGUGGAGUAAGUUACAGAGGAUUAAGGCCAAAGGGUGCUUUUCAUAUAUCCUCAGUUAUGGAUGGUCAAGUUUCUGUAUGGACUGCUAAUGGAGAUCAGAAAUACACAUGUGUAGAAUAUUAUGAAAAGGAUGGAGUAACAAUUCUCCGUCUAAAAAUUUCUGACGGUAGUGAUACUAUGCCAAAAUACUUUGAGAAAGUAGAUGGAGAAUGGGAGAGUAUUACAGAAGAUGAUUAUGAUAAAAAGAUUGAGGAGAUGAUGGGCGAAUCCGGAAAAAAUGUCUCUCUAAACAUUUCUCAUCCUAACAGACUACUAUGCAAGUCCUUCGAUUAUAACUUUGCUGGUAAUGCUGUUCAACUCAUUGUUCCUAAUAAAGGCAUUUCUGUAUCAAAGCUCAUGUAUGAAAAUGGGACUGUCUGGACUCCUGGAUAUGAUGAAGAGUUUGGAUACGCCAAGACAUAUCUUAAUAAGGAAGGUAAAGCAGAGCUGGUGUCGGUUACUCUCAAAACAUCAUCUGGUAUAUUACGAAGAGAUUAUAUGAAGGGUUACAGUGGAUGGACAUCUUGCAGUAACACUGAAGAGAGGAUGAGGAGCUUAAGGACCUCUACAACUUUCAAAUCUAAUUUUACCAUGGAUAUUGCCUUGGCGAAUAGUACCAAAGAAUGCAGUGUCUUUGAAGUAGAUCUUCUAGGUAUUACCAUUAGGCAUUUCUUUCCGAAGCCCGGAUACGUUGCUGAGAAAGUUAAGGACAGAAAUAUAUCCCUAUGGGAAAGAGGGCAAUUUGAAGUAAUAGGUGGAUCUAGUGAUCGUUGUCUUUUUUGUCUUAUUUAUAAAAAUGGUGAUAAGGAACUAGUGGAGAUGAUCCUCUUGGAGAAUUUAUCAGAAAGGGGCAGAUACCUUGAAAAGGUAGAUAGAAGAUGGGCUAAAAUUACACGGGGUGAAUUUGACAAAAAGUAUUAUGAAUUGAGAAGACUUUCUACUCCACCUGCUCCACAAGCUACUAAUACUCCAGUUGCUCAGUCAGCUGGACAAUAUAAUUUUGAUAGUAGGGUAAAAAAUUCUCAAAGAUCUGACAAAUACAGAAACACAGACAACCUCGAAAGUGAAUCAGGAUUGACUGAUGCUGCAGGUGCACUCAGAGGAGGCAACCAAUAUAUAGCCUACGAUACUGACACAAUGUAUAUGAAUAGAGAAAAAGAGUUCUGGGGGAAGAUGGAUUACACAGACUCCAGAGAUUUAUUUAACGCUCAGCCGUAUUUGGAAUAUGGGCCCAUGGAACAAAUUUAUGCGGAGCCUAGGGGUAAUUUCGCACGUUAUCCCUCAAAUCUCAUGAUCCCUGAUAAGGAUUCAUGUACUAGAUGUGCCAUGGAAAGAAUGAUAACACCUAUCUUCUUUCCAGAAUUUCAGAGUGAUACAGUUAUUAAUGUCUCAAAGUAUAAUCCAACCUUCUACAACAUUUACGACUACUACUUUGACGAUAUAAUCACGAGGCUGAUUGUUCCUUGGUAUUGGACAGAGAUAACAAGCCUUAGUCACGGUGGGAAAGCUAUAUGGAUUGCACAGGAAGGAGAGAGUUUGGUGUAUGCCACUGUUCAUCUGAGGGACACUAUGCCAAUCCUGGCCUACAUUUUAAAAAACAGUCCCUCUGCAAAUAAAAGCGAGACGAUAUUGAGAACUAAUCAUGGAUGGAGACUCAUAGGAAACUACCCUGGUGCCUUCAAGAGUAUCCCUAGACCAAAUGUGGUUAAAUUUCAUUGUACUAUAGACCUCACCUGCCCCGACCAUGGCAGAGUCAAGGUCUUUGAUACAGUUCUGGAAGGACUUAAAACCCGAUUCUUUAUUCCAAGACUAGGAUUUCGUGCCUAUAAAAUCAUUCACAAUGGUGCCGUCAUAUGGAGGUCUCCAGAGUAUGAGUAUUCAGGAAGAAAAUCCCAAUGGAGAGCUAUUCUCGUGAGAGCCUACCUGAGGGGUAACUCCUGCUUCCUUGUAAAGGCUACAUUGAAGGAAACAGGUGACUCAUUAAGCUCCAUCAACUACAUUUACUUGAACGGUAGAUGGAUUGAAAUAGAUGAGCGUCAAUCUGAAAGAACGAAAUGGGCGCUAAAAGCUUGUGGAGAUUCACAGGAAAUACCUACUAGACAUUUUUAA